GGAUGUGCGUCAGCGACCCAAGUAGCCGAAAACCGAAACCGAGCACAACAACAUUAAUGCGAAGAAAUAGCUUUGUGUUGGUCGCGUCUGCUGUGAAAGAAACACUCUGUGAUUCGCGAAUCUUAUGAAUCAGAAACACAUUUGAUCCGGGGGCGCUCGUUCGUGAUGUGAAAUGUGAGGUGCGCCUGUGUACAAAACCAGUUGGAGAGAUGGCGGGUUUGGAGCGGGUCAACCGUCAGCUAUUCCCUCUGCGCGACAUUUCGUCCGUCGUCGAGGUGUUCAGAGACGAAAUCGUCAAUUCCUCGGACCCGGACCUCGCCCUGCUGUCCAUCAUCGGCGGCGCCGUCGAGAACUCCUUGACAUGCAACCGGGCGGCCGUUCUGAAGGAGGCCCCGGGCGACGGAGACGGCGACGACGAGGGGCCUGCCUUUGAAUUAGAGUUUCACAUCGUCGAGGCGCUCUACACGCAGUUUCGCUCCAUUAUCCUCGGUUCCGUGGACCUGUCCGCCUACGGGGACUGCAAGUACGCCACCAGGGAGGUCGUGAAGAAGGUCUCGGAUGUCAUCUGGAACUCCCUGUCGAGGAGCUACUACAAAGACAGGGCCCACCUCCAGUCCCUCUACAGCUAUUUGACAGGCAAAAAGCUGGAUUGCUUUGGUGUUUCCCUGGCUGUUGUUGCGGGUUGUCAAGUAUUGAACUUGAAUGAUGUUCAUCUUGCUCUUUCUGAAGAUCACGCUUGGGUUGUAUUUGGCGAACAUGGCACAGAAACCUCAGAAGUCACUUGGCAUGGUAAAGGCAAUGAAGAUAAGAGAGGCCAGCCCAUUGGGACUGGUUUGGGGUCCCUCUCCUGGUUGUAUGUUAAUGGCCAGCCUGUUGUCUGUGACCGUCACAUGGAGGUGACUGCUCUUGUUUCCUCAAUAAAUCCAUCAUUAAGUAUGACAAAUGACGUAAAAGAGGUAGCAGAUUUUCAACAGGAGGUGUUGUGGCUGCUCUAUGAUUAUGGUCACCUGGAAAGAUAUCCAAUGGCUCUUGGAAAUUUGGGGGACUUGGAGGAGAUAAACCCUACACCUGGUCGUCCUUCAUGUUUAGAGCUGUUUUCACAAGCGGUGGAUGUAUCAAGGAAGUGUUAUAAUAACCAACAUGUGUAUCCAUACACAUACCAGGGCGGCUAUUGUUUCAGACAUAAAAUGUACAAAGAAGCUCUUGAAAGUUGGGCUAAUGCUGCAGAUGUUCUCCGAGAGUACAAUUAUUCAAGAGAUGACGAGGAGCUUUACAAAGAACUCAUGGAAAUUGCUAAUGAGCUUAUACCCCAUGUAAUGAAGGCAGUUGGGUCAGGAAUUGAUGCACACUCAAUUCUGAAAGAUCCGGAAUGUUUUGCUCACCUUUUGAGGCUGUAUGACGGAAUCUGUCAGUGGGAGGAAGGCUCCAUUACACCAGUCCUGCACAUUGGCUGGGCCAAGCCCCUUGUCAACACAAUUGCAAAGUUUGAUGCUAGUGUACGAGCCCAGUUGGUCAUUGAUCUUCAAGAUGAUUUGGAUGAGGAGUCAACUGUGAAAGAAGAGAAAGGACCUAGCAAAGCAGUAACUUCUGAGGCGGUUAGCGGGGAGUUAAAGCAAGAAGAACCCAGUAAAGAGAAUGCUGGUGACAGUUUGAACAACAACAACAACUACUCCAAGGAACAAGAAGGGGAUUCUACUUCAAAUCCCCGAAACGGAUCUGCCAGUGGCGUGCAUCCGUCAAUUGAAGCAUUGACUGCUGCAUGCUCUGAGAAAAUUCUAAAUCCUGACUUUUUGCUCCAAGGAGAUGGAGAACCUUUUGUGGCUGGGGUUAAAGAUGAGGUUGCUGACUUGGCAGAAAUUGAUAUUCCCAAACCACUGGUUAAGAAGUCCGGAGCCAAUGGAUGUGCUUCUGUUCCUACUGUUACUGCUUCAUCAUCAACAUCAGAAAGCAUUACUCGCCCAGCAAAAAUUAAGACUGCAAGAAUAUCAAAUGUUUAUUUAACGACGGGCUUAUCUCACACUGAGGAUGGAAGGCCAAAGCUUACAUUAAGUAGUCGGAAAAUGUGUGGUCUCAAAGAUCUUCUGCUCUCAGAGAAACUGAAUACCCAAGCAAUUUCACUACAACUUACAGCACAGUCACAAGUACAAGUUGGACGAAAAACUCGGCCUGGUUUGCAGGAGGCAUCAACAGGUUCAAGACCGAAGCGAAGCCGCAGAGAGUAACUGCAAAGCCCAAGGAAGCAUAAUUGGAGAGCAUCUGUUGCAUUUGUGUAACUUAAGUGUUAUAUUGAAGCUACUAGCAAGUGACCUUCAAGUUAUUUAUUUAUGAUCUUUUGUGGUAACAGAAGCUUUUGGAAGCUUCUAAGUAGUUGAAAUCCUAAACUCAAACCCAAUCCCAAUAGAUUGAUCUGUACUUUUAAUGUAGUAUUUAUCCUUAACUUUUUAAAAUAUUUUGAUGGGUGUGUUGCUUAUGGUUCUGAGCCGUUGUGUUUGUUGAGGUCUAAGGUCUUGUUGGUUUUGUUGUAAAUUAUCUAGUGUUUCCUCUCUUUAACUUAAUGUUUAGAAAUGUGGAUAUUAAUUAAGAAAACUGAAUGCGUGAAAUUUUACUUUAGCUCUUUGUGAUGAUUGUUAAAGGCUGCAUUUGUUUUUUGUGGUUUUAUCAGUAUGCUUAAUUAACAUGCACAUUUCUUCCUGAUUUUAAGCGUGUUGCAAGUUGUUGUUAUGGCAUGGCACUCUAAACAUGUAUUUUAUCUUCAGUUACUGUGCAGGGUGAAGACGUGAUUUUCUAUGAAAUUUUAGCAGGUAUAUUCUGUGGGAUAUAUCCAGCAACUUGAUAUAGAAUGAUGAGGGAUGAAAUUUCUGUGUCUAAUUGUUUUUUAGACAAACCUUAGAUUGAUUCAAAGUAAAAUAUGUUUGAAGUUUUAUCAAAUUGUGAUGGUGAGCUUGUCACAUUAUCUCGUUUCUUUGACCCAAAUUUUGUCAGCUAAUAAUAGUGUGAAAAUUUUCUCGGUUUCUUGUUACUGUCAUUGCUGAUUGUGUUAGCAGUGUUUUUCACUUAACUGUAUUCCUCAGUGUGUUAGUAAGACAUUAUUUGCUUAGCUGAAAAAUGUCUUGCAGAUUUUAGACCUUAGAGUAGGACGUUUCCCUAUGGCUAAGGAAAUAAUGCUAAAUAUUACUAUGUAGAUACGUAGAUAUUUCUCAAAUGUUCUACUCUUCUAGGAUUGUUGCAAGUUUGUGUAACGUUCCUUCACAGUUUCUAACCUUUUUUCCUUACAUAAUGUACAUUUUCAAUGAAAAAAAAUGUAGAUUCCGUUAUUUUGGUAUCCAUAUUACUUAGAGUAGAAUAUCCCCUUCUAUUGGUAUCCUCUGGACUUUAGAGAAUAUACAAUGGGAAUAUUCUCUUUUGACAAUGUUUGUUAUUUGAUGCUGGUCAUCAUUGUGUAUUUCUUUCCUGUAUUGUUUCACUCCCAGUUCCUUUUUGCAUGACAUCACAUUCAGAAAUCUGAGUGUGCUUCAUAUUGCUGUUUGUUUGUGUCUUUUUUCGUGUUUUUUCAUCAAACACUCGUUUAUUUAUGGACUAUGUCUUUCAAAGGAAAAUGUUUGUUAUUGUUUCCUUUCCUUGUAGGUACUAGCUGGAUUUUUCUUUGGUGCAAUUCUGUUUGUAUUUGUGUUGUAUGGUAUUUAUUAGUGUGUCGUUUGGGAGAUUGAGAGCCAAGUCUUUCACUUACUUGUUAUUUUUAAAUUUGCAGUAUAAAUUUGGAGGGUGUGUUUCUAGUUCCGCUCUUACUGUAGUCACUCGCAUAGAUUUUAUUCACCAUUGGUUUCUUUUUUACUUUUUUGAAACAUUAGUCACUUUCCAUUUAUUUUUGUGGACAAGGACAGUACAAAUUGCACUGGUAUUGGUUCUUUUUUCUAUCUUUUUAACAUGUAGGUUGUGGGUAUAGUUUUUAUUUCUUUGUAUCUUGCUGUAUGAAAGUGGCGUUGUUUGUAAUUUAUGUUAACAUUUGUUUGUCCAAUCACUACCAAGUAGUGUUUACCUGUAUGAUGAACUGUUGCUUUUAACCUUUAUGUCCACCAAAACUUAAUGUAUUUUAUUGAAUUUUAUUCAACUUCUUGCCCUUUGGGCUUUGCUUUUGCAGAAACCCCCUUUUAAAGAGGACUUUAUCUUUGCUGUUGAAAAUGAAAAAAAGCUGUUAUUAGGUUCCCUGUAUUUUAUUUUGUAUUAGUGCUGUGUUGAUGUCAACUGAAAACCAUUCAGUAUUCUACCCCCAAAAGUUCUGUUGAGCAUAGAGGCGUGCAGAGUUCAUGGAGAGCACUUGUGAUAAGGAAAUUUUACUACGUACUAUUUGUUGUAAGGUCAUACACACUCUUGUAAAAAUCUUAAAUGGUGUGUAAUUUUAUCUGUUAAUACCUAGAAAAGAGUCACCAGUAUGCAGUCAGAAUAUUUUUUAAAAAUGUAUAAGUGAAAUCAACUUCUUCCAUUUGUUAGCGAAAGGAAUGUGUAAAGCUCCUUUUGCCUGUGCUGAGAGUUUGCCUAGUUUUGUGUUAGCUUUCAAUGAAGUGUAACACAUUACUUCAUUUGAUCUGUAUGUGGUUCAUUUUCCUUUUAGUCACCUAUUAGAAAUCUGAGGUCAGUGUAUUGACGCUGUCAGUCUAAUGUGAAAUUUUAACGGCGGGUGAUUAAGAACAUGAAUCUCACAAAACCAGAGCUAAUGAAAGGAGUACCUUCUUGGACACCAAAUCGGUACUCUACAUAGAUUUGCUUUUGCUAUCAAUCUUGGAUAGCCUUGUGUAACAGUGGUUGGUAGAGCACAUGUUAAUUCUCACUCCUUUUUUCCCCUUCUAAUUUGGUCAUGCUUGUCUUCACUAUUUUCUGAGGACAUGCUGUCUUAUAGAAAUGUAGCCAAUCUCGCCAACAGUAUCCAGCUCCUAUAAUCGACUUGUGCAUUUCAUUCAUAGAUUUUAAAUUGGUGUCAUUCGAAACCAUAGCUGCUGUGCGUAUUGUUUUCGCUCAAAAUUUUGACCUUUGAAAAUUAAGGCAGGACUUACCAUGCAGUAAAUAUUUUUCUUGCCUACAUUAAAUCUACAUUUUGACAGGCCCCUAGCAUAAUAUGUCAGAACCGAACGAUUCCUUGGUUCAGAAAGCAUUUGAAGUCAUCUUGCCAGUUACACCAGUCUUUUUGUUUUUGUCUCUUUUCUCUCUUUUGUAUAAUAUUUUGUAGUGUUUAGUAAACUGCUGUACCUUUUGGAAAUUUGUGAUAAAUCUUUGUUGGUAUUUUUUUUUCUUGUUUUAGGAGUCCUUCAGUGUUGGCUUUUAAGGAAGGCUGUUGUUUCCUCACAUUGCUUGUAGAGAAGUGCAUCAAAAACGAUCUUCUUGACCAGAUAACUUAAUUGUAAUGUGUCAAUAGUUGGGACUGCUGCUUAAUUUAAAUGAAAACCUUUAAGUUCAGUUAUCAAGUGAGCAGCUUCAUUGUUCCCAGUCAAUGAUUUUCUUUUAUUCUACUCUUUUUUUUGUCAUUUCACACUUUUCAUUGUAAAUGUAAAAUCUAUCUUGUAGAUAACAUAGUUCUGUAUUGUUUAAAAAAGACAGUUUCUUUCGGAAGCAUGAUGGUGGCCAUUGAUAACUGUGAUGCGUGAGAAUAUACAAAGUUAAAAUUAACUAUUUUUGUAAAAUGGAAACAAUUGUGUUGGUACUUUUACUAUGUCAUUAGUUUUAAUUUCAGCUUCAUUUUUCUUUGUGGCUUUCUUUUAAAGAAAAUUUGCAUGUACUUUUUAGUUUAACUUUUCUCUAAAAAUCAUCUUACAAGGUAAUGAAACCAUGACAAAAUUUCAAUGUUUUGUGUGUCUUUUGGUGUUGCCCAUAGAUUUUGAUUUAGUUGAAUCCUUCUGAAGGGGUCUUAGCAUUGCAUCGCAUAUUUUAAUCUUUUUCCAAGUCCCAAUUAAUUAAUAUGACGACCAAGUUUUGGGUGAAACUGUCUCUGUAACUCAUUUCUAUGAAUGAGUGUCUAAUGUGUAUCCAUCAACAGUGAAAAAGCCAAUUGAAAUCAAGCUGUGGGGUAUGUGAUCAGUAAAUGUGUAUACGUUUCUCAUUAAAUUACUCAUUAUAAGGGCAAAGUAUUAUAAAAUUAUAUGAAUCAAAGUUCUCUCCUGAGAAAGUACUACAGUAGUAUGUCUGUGUUGUUUAUUUUUUUAGUAAGAACUGGUAUUAACCAUAGAGGACAUACAUAUGACAUGUAGAAUCUUAUGAAUUUGCUUCAUGUGUAAGCUUUGGAACUAGUGUGAAGCUUCUACAAAAUUUACUGUAUGCAUACUGCUAAUGUACCAUAUUAGACAAUAUGUAAUUAUUCUAAGACCCUACACUACAUUCCUCUUACCUGGUGACCCCUUUAUUGUUCACAAUUUCUAUUGGUGCCUAUGCACCCUGCAAGAGCUUCAUAGCAGAUUUUUUUUCUAUUAAGUGAGCAGCUGGCUGUAAAGAUGCUACUUUAAGCUAGCUGGUCAUGCAUUUUUAUCUGUCUGUAUGCACUCCCAUUCAUUCUUGUAAAGGUAGAAUUGGAAUUUAAGUUAUCAGUAAUAAACUCGUAUUCUUUUUAGUA